AUGAGCACAGCGAAGGCCACACUAAUCGACACAAACGCCCGUGCCGGCGAGAUCUUUGUGAAGGAGUACUUUUAUCGGGUGUACGAUAGCUCUCGGCACGAGCUGUUCCGAUUCUACCGCGAGGAUUCCGUGCUCAUCUGGAACGGCAAUGCAAAGAAGGGCCUGCAGACCCUGCGUGAUUUCUUCCAGCAGCUGCCUCCUUCAACGCACAACAUCCAGUCCAUUGACUGCCAGCCCAUUGCCGACGGAACCGAGUCGCCACAGGCCUCCAACAUCUUCGUGGUCGUUGUCGGCACGGUGACGUACGCCAAGGAGGACCCACGACACUUUCACGAGACCUUCAUCCUCGCACAGGAGCCCGGCAAGGGCACCUACUACAUCGUCAACGACUGCUUCCGCCUCACCACCGGCCCCGCCAGCUGA